UGCUCUAUUAUAAGUCUUGCAAAAUUGAUAUACCCAAAUUUACCUUAAAAGUUUUUUUUUAACUUAAUGGAAGAUAUGGUAUAAUUAUGACUUUAUUUAUCCCUCUAAUAAGUUCCAAAAGAUAAAUGAAGGAACUUUUAAAUUGAUUGUUUUGUUGUUUUGUUAAAUAGUUUAUGAAUUUAUCCUCUAUUUGUAUUUACUUUCGAUUUCGUAUAAAGAAAAAGUUGCAAAGACAAUAGUCACCAAUAAAGAAAAUAAUUCAAAAGGAAACAAUUGUGCACUGAAAUUGGUGCGGGAGCUGGCAGAACCAACAUACAAUAAGUAAUUGUCAUUAUUACAUUAUGUGAUCCAAUAUAAAUGAGUGUCGAUUACACUAACCUUCUUUAAAAUAAAGGGUGGUUACUAAUAUUUAUUUAAAAUAAAAAACUUUGAUUAAUUCACUGGUAUAUAUGUCAUUUACGUCGUCACAAUUUCUACUGAAGCUCUUGGAAGUUUUAUCUCUUCCCAUCGUCAGUUGCUUGAGCAUUUAGCGCUGGAAAAGUACUCAGAUAAUGCAAAUCACAUGGAAAUUAAUGCUCCCAAGUUGAGGUCAUUUGUCUUCAUAGGUAAUAUACAUUUUAUACAUCUAAAAUGUGUCCCUCUUCUUGCAAAAUUUUCACGUGAGUCUAUAGAAUCCUCUGUAAGGGCAGGAAAUUAUGAUCUUGCGGUAUUUUUCAAGUCUAUUCCUGCUCUCGAGAAUCUCCACUGGGAUUAUAGUAAUUUCCGGCCGUUCAUGUUUGCAGGACCAGGUGAAGUACCAGGAAAGCUUCCUUCUGCUCUUAACUGCCUUAAACGUCUUUACCUAUCCGAGGUCUGCGUGGCGGAACAUGUCGAGGUUGCAUGGGCUCUUUGCUUGAAAAGAAGCUCCCCAUAUUUAGAGGAACUUGAAAUUAAGGGACCUGGUGAUCUUUUGGUGAAUUACUUUCUUUUGUGCCUUGGGUGUUGAGGGUGAAAUUCCUGCAAGCUUCUCAGAUGCGACAUAUAAUUACCUCAGGGCAGUUAAGAUUAAAGGUGUAGCAGGAGCAAAGGUUGAAAUGCAGCUUAUCAAGGUUUUAUUGGCCAAGUCUCCGGUGUUAAGGAGAAUGGUGAUCGAUCCCGAUAUAGAAGGUGAUGAAUCUCUCAAAGAACUCGCGCAGAUUACAAAAUUUCAGCGGGCAUCACCUUGAGCAGAAGUUGUAUAUAAUGUGAAUGCCUAUCCUGGUUACGAACCUGCUUGAUUAUAUAUAUUCAAACCAUAAUCUUCGAUCGGCCAAGAUGUUUUGAAAACUUCAGUGUUAAAUAGAAAACGAAUGUUGAUGCCGUAUUAUAAGGCUGUGUUUUGACUUUUGCCAUUAUAUGGUGAGAAAACUCUUCAAUUUGGGAAGGUAGUGCAUCUGGAUGGAUGUUAUGGCUAGUGUAUACAUAACAUACUUGUUCAAGGCAAUGAAUGCAAUGUGAAGUUUUUCAAUGCAAAAUAUACUCACUGUUUUACAGAAUUA